AUGAAUGCUGCUCACUUCGUUCUCGAAUCUUGGAUUUCUCAGAUCAACAUCCUCCGUUGCCGUGAGCCUGGCUCUUUCAUCCACGUCACUUAUCUUCUUGAUGAUGCCGAGGCCUUUAUGGAGCCCACAGAGACCAUCAUUGGAGAUGGUCGAUCCAUUAAAGCAUGGCCCGAGGCCUCGCACGAUGCAGCACGGAGGAUUCAUGCGAAGGUCAAGUCUCGGCAGGAGAGCAUUCUUCGUAUCAUAGACCAGUACUCCUACGACGCUGCAGAUAUGCUCAUCAAGAGCAUCGGUCCUCAACAUGAACACUACUGCGGCCAUCGCCCGGGCCAUGAGCCUGGAGAAAGAAACGAGGAUGGCGACGAGUUUGAGAUGGACUAUGAUGGUAGCACUCCCAAGAAGUGCAGUUUCGCCCAAGACUACAUGCUCAAGCACCUCAAACUGCUUGCCGGUGCUCACAUCUGGCCUCGGGGCGCGCGCGAGGGUACUGUCAACCAACUUUUGAAAGCAGUUGCCGACUUCGACAUCGACUAUGCAACUCGUCAUGAGGACGUGGGAUGGCGCACCUGCAAUUCGCUGGCAUGUGAAGAGUGGAAACUGAAAGAAUAUGGUCUCCAGAGCAAGGGGCGGACCAGGGCAUGUAGCAUUCCGAGUGCCUACAUCUAA